AUGUUAUUCUCAUCUUUCCUGGUGGAACCUGUGAAUCUUACACAAAUUUCAGAAUUUCUUCUUCUGGGAAUUUCAGAGAAGCCAGAACUGCAGCCCCUCAUAUUUGGGCUUUUCCUCUCCAUGUACCUGGUCACUGUGUUGGGAAACCUGCUCAUCAUCCUGGCUGUCAGCUCAGACUCCAACCUCCAUACGCCCAUGUACUUCUUCCUCUCCAACCUGUCCUGGGUAGACAUCUGUUUCACCUCCACCACCGUCCCAAAGAUGCUGGUGAACAUCCAGACACAGAGCAAAGUCAUCACCUAUGAAGGCUGCAUCACCCAGAUGUAUUUUUAUACAUUCUUUGCAGUGUUGGACAAUUUUAUCCUGACAGUAAUGGCCUACGACCGGUUUGUGGCCAUCUGCCACCCCCUACACUACAUGGUCAUCAUGAACCCCCAGCUAUGUCGACUCUUGGUUCUGGUGUCCUCCAGUAUGAGUGCCCUACAUUCCUUGCUACAUAGCUUAAUGGUGUUGAGGCUGACCUUCUGCUCAGACUUGGAAAUCCCCCACUUUUUCUGUGAACUCAAUCAGGUGGUCCACAUUGCCUGUUCUGACACCUUUCUUAACAGCCUUAUGAUAAAUUGUCUAACUGUGCUGCUGGGUGGUGGUCCCCUUGCUGGGAUCCUUUACUCAUACUCUAGGAUACUUUCCUCCAUAUGGGCAAUCCCAUCAGCUCAGGGGAAAUAUAAAGCAUUUUCUACAUGUGCAUCUCACCUCUCCGUUGUCUCCUUAUUUUAUGGAACAAGCCUAGGAGUGUAUCUCAGCUCUGCUGCUACCCAAAACUCACAUUCAAGUGCAACAGCCUCGGUGAUAUACACUGUGGUAACCCCUAUGCUGAACCCCUUCAUCUACAGUCUCAGGAACAAUGACAUAAAGAGGGCCCUAGAAAGGUUAUUUGGAAGGUAA